UCCUUUUUUACUACUCGGUACCAGUAUCUUAUUUAUCACAAAUCAGCUGGCCUUGGGACGAAAAAAAUGUUUUGUAAGAGAGUAUGGAACAGCUCUCUCCGUUGUUUGACACGUGCAUAUCAUAAAUCAGUAGAUAGGAAAGGACUUGCACAGGCUACAGAGAUAAUAAAAGUACCAGACAGGCUAGUAGCAGCUUUAUCUGAUAUUGUUGGCAAGAAAAAUGUGUCAACUGCAAUGGCUGUUAGAGAGCAGCACGGUAGAGAUGAGUCAUACCAUAGCUGUUGUCCACCAGAAGUAGUCACUUUCCCACAGAAUGUUGAACAAGUCAGUGAGAUUGCAAUUCUGUGCAAUGAUAAUGAGAUACCUCUGAUUCCAUUUGGUAGUGGCACUGGAUUAGAAGGUGGCAUUAAUGCUAUUAAGGGAGGAGUGUGUGUUGAUCUGACUCACAUGAAAGAGAUUCUGUCUGUUAAUCCAGAGGACUUUGACUGUACUGUACAAUCAGGAGUGACUAGAAUGCAGUUAAACAAUUACCUGAGGGACACUGGGUUAUGGUUUCCUAUUGAUCCAGGAGCAGAUGCAUCCCUGUGUGGAAUGUGUUCUACCAGUGCAUCUGGAACAAAUGCUGUCAGAUAUGGUACAAUGAGAGAAAACGUUCUAAAUUUAGAAGUAGUUUUAGCUGAUGGACGUGUCAUAAAUACUGCUGGGAAAGGAAGAAGGACAAAGAAAACUUCUGCGGGAUACAAUCUUACAAACUUAUUUGUAGGAUCAGAAGGAACGUUAGGUAUUAUAACCAAGGCUUCAUUGAAACUGUUUGGUAUACCAGAAGCAACUGUGUCAGCAGUAUGUCAUUUCCCAGAUGUACAAGGUGCAGUAGAUACAACUGUUCAGGUAUUGCAGUGUGGUAUUCCUAUUGCAAGGAUAGAGUUUUUAGAUGAGGUAUCAAUAGAUGCAGUAAACAAGUAUAGUAAAAUGGAUAUGAAAGUUGCACCAUCAUUAUUUUUAGAAUUCACUGGAACUCCAUCAUCUCUGGAUGAACAAGCAGCAUUAGUUGCUGAUUUAUGCAGCAUGAAUAAUGGUUCUGAUUUCAAAUGGGCAAAAGAUCCAGAGGAAAGAAGUCAUUUAUGGAAAGCUAGACAUGACAUCUUAUAUGCCUGUAUGGCUUUGAAACCAGGCAGUAAGCCCUAUUCCACUGAUGUUUGUGUUCCUGUCUCUAAACUACCAGAAAUAAUUAAAAGAUCAAAGGAAGAAAUUACCAAGGCAGGAGUUUGUGAUUCCUUCAUGUUGGGUCAUGUUGGUGAUGGCAAUUUCCACACACUAUUUUUGGCUGAUCCAAAUAAUCCAAAAGAAGUACAAAUAGUUAAAGAUGUGUCAAAUAAAAUUGCUGAAAUGUCUUUGGAGAUGAAUGGAACCUGCACAGGAGAGCAUGGCAUAGGACAGGGAAAGAGAGAGUUACUGAUACAAGAGAUAGGAGAAACUGGUAUCCAGGUGAUGAAACAGAUAAAACAAACAUUAGAUCCCAAGGGCAUUAUGAACCCAGCUAAAGUAUUCUAUUAAUCAGUAACUAAAGUAACCUGUGAUAGAGGCCAAAAGGGGUGAAGAGUUUCAACAAAAAUCCUUUAAAGAUCAAAUCACAUACUAUUAGAAUUUUGGUUAUUAUAAUCAGAAAUUUGGAUGUACAAAUCAGUAACUGUUUAUCAGAGGUGAUUAUUUGGAUGAAAAGUUUAAUGGAUGAUCAUAGUAGCUUAGUUUUAUAUAUUUAUAUUUGGAAGAGUUGUAUUCACCGUUUCGAUUGACUCUGAAAAGGGUAACGGAAAUAUGUUAUUAGAGCAAAUAAAAACUUAAUCAAAACCAAUCAAAAAGUAGUUAUGAAUUGUAGAUUAAAAAUUAAAUGUGGAGGUAAUUCCGAAAAUAGAAAAACACAUAAGUUUUUACAAAAAUAAAUUAUUAAUUUGAUAAAACAUAUUUUAUGCUUUCCAAUUUGAACCAAAGGCUAUUGUGUAAAACAAUUGAUAAGUAAAUUCACAAGUGUAAGUACAGCUUUGGAAGAUGAAAAUGAUUUCUGGUGAAUAAUGAAUCAUCCCUUUAAUAAGUUACUGAGAGAUGCAUAGUUUCACUGUACCAACAAUUACAUUGAGAAAUUAAAAAAAGGAAAAAAGCAUUUUGUCCCCAAAAUUGAUACGAAAUAUUAUUCCUAAGAGCAAUUGCUACAUAUUUUGAAUAAAUACCUUAACAAUGCUUCCCUUAAACAAUUGAACAUUUUUGGGGCAAAAAAGAGGCCCUGCUGGUGAGGCCUUAACCUGGUUAAUGUUUAUUGUUUAAUCUCAUAUGGAUGAAAAGAAAAACUUGUAAUAAUUUUAUCCAGAUGAGACCACUUUGAAUCAAUUGAAAAGGUUCAUUGUUAACUCUGUCCUCUUAUGAUAACUUUUAUUACAAGAGAUCAUUAUGGUUAAAAGUUCCAGUUGAAAGUGCAAUAGUAUUUUUUGUUGAAAAUGUGUAAUUUGUAAAUAGUAAUAUCUGAAAAUGGAAGAUUCAGAAAAUUGGUUGACAUUUUCUGUAUACAGGUAUUAAGUUGACGGACUUACAGAAUAGAGAUGUUGGUUCAUUUGUUUUUACAAACAUCAAUGAAGGAUCUGUUAUGGUAUACCCUUGUCCAGCCUUAUAGUGUUUGGUUUGUAAAAAUAAACUAGCUUUCAAUUUUUGUAAAUUUUUGCUUUCAGUUCAAUUUUUCAGAAGAAAUUGCUAUUUAAAUGUACCAUUAUCAUUGGUAUUUCUUAAAUAUGACCUUCUGUCAAAUUACAAAACAGUUCUACAAACUUAUUCACUAUCUCAAUGGACUUGGGCCCCUCAAGUAGACAAGGGUUUAAGUAAGUAAGUAAACAUUUUGUUGUUAUACCACGAUGCUGAGACAUCUUAUUUUGUUGAGAUACAUUUCAUGCAUAUAUGAUUAUGUGAUAUUGGUCAUGUCUUUUGUAUAUAUUAGUAUCCAAAAAAAAACCCAACCAAUGGUAAUAUAUCAAUUACAACUUUAUAAUUUAUGUGAACAUUUCUAUUAUUAUAUUUUAAACACAAAUUUUUACAUUUUUGUCAAAUCUUUGUAUUAUGUCUUUCAUUAUAUAUAUCUUGUAUGAUUUUAUUGAAAGCCUGCUUAACAAUGGAAUGUCAAUUAUUAUUUUAUAUUUAUAUUAUAUAUAUUUUUUAAAGUAGCAACUGCAUUGAUUUGUUCUGUUCAUUCACAGCUAUGUUAAUAUGCCUUAUAAAAACUAACAUAGAAAAAUAGUUAUAAAUAUGCAUUUAAAUUGAGUAUAAGGAUGGUGCUAUGUUCUGUUUCUUCAUUCAAAAGUAGAUAAAGUAUUUCUUAUUCUACUUAUAGAUAUAAGAAAGUUUUGCAAUUAAUAAACUUCUUAUAAAAGUGAAUUUUCUAUCAUUCUUACUCAGAGGUUAGUACUGAAUUAUUGCACAUGUGACUUUGCAAGGACCUGAGUACCCUUUUGUUUUAAAAUUCACAUCCAUAGUUAUUUCCCUUUAAUGUAUAUACAGUAUAAAUGAAUUUGUUUAUUCCCUCAGAUGGUUAUUUACCAGAUAAGUUUAUUAACUCAUUAUUUUAGUCCUUACUAUCUGAAAAAUCUAAACUCUGAUAAUCUUCAAAAAUUUGAUGAAAAUGUAUGUUUUAAUGUCAAAUUGUUUCAGUUAAAGAAGAUUUUUACAAAUUGCAUCACUCCUUCUUUUCAGUCUUGUUAACGCUGUCAUGUGUAAAAUUCUUGCCAGAUUUCAUUGAAGUCUAUAUCAUAGAUUGAUAUUAGCAAUGUCUUGAACAAGUUCAAAAAUCAGUGGAGAUCAACUAUUUUAAAAGACUAAUGAUCUUUGGAAUUUGAAAUUAUGCAAAAUUGCAUUAUAGUGUUCUAAUGUAUACAAUUUGUGUCAUAUUUUUAUCAAAUAUAUAAAAUGGAUAUGAUUAAUAUUUCCAAGGGAUAUAACAACUGUAAAAGUAUUUACAGUGGUAUCAAAUAUGUUAGUGCUGAAGAUUUUGAUAAAUCUUUGUUAAAUUAAUUGUUUAUUGUUAUAGUGUUGAUGAUUUUGUUAUAUAUUGUUUUCCUACAAUGAUUGUUUACAACUGUGUUUAAAGUCAUAGAACAUUAGUUGCUGAAAAAAAAUAUAUGCUAUUGAUUUUAAUAAAAUUUAUUAUAAA